CUGGUCGGUUCCCUUCCUCUGUCUGUUAGGCUGUAACCACUCGCUCUCUCUGUCCAUCUGUUGCUACCUUGUCCGUCCACCUUCAUUCUUACGACUGCCUGGUCGCCUGAACUCUUCAGUUAUUUGGUAUCAGAUGCUGGAAAUCUAGACCUGAUUACAGGCGUCAUACCAGGUUCUGCAGAAAUGUAUCAGACACUAAUACAGCUGUUUCUCAUUGCCCGAGUCGUCUGCCCGACUGGUGGUGCCAUCCAAGGACCCGUCUACGAUGACACGCCCCACCCAGAGUUCCUCAACCCUUCCUGGAUGUCCGGCCUCCCCGACAGCUCACUCCUCUCCGAGGUCACCAUGCCGGGCACCCACAACACCAUGGCUGUGUUUGGAGGCGCUCUCGCCGAAUGCCAGUCCUGGAGCCUUGGGUCCCAGCUCCGUGCCGGUGUGCGCUUCCUGGAUGUGCGCGUGCGCCACGUGAAGGGUAACCUCAACAUCCACCACGGUGUGUCCUACCAGAGGGCCCACUUCGGCCAUGUCCUGCAGGGCGUGGUGGACUUCCUGGACGAGUAUCCCAGCGAGACCGUGCUGAUGCGUGUGAAGGAGGAGUUGAGCGAGACGUACGACAUCUACGGCGCCGUGGUGAGCUACGUCCACCGCUACGCCAGCUGGGACAUGCUGUGGCACAGCCGGCUCAUGCCAACCAUGGGGCAGGCCCGGGGGAAGCUCAUCAUCCUGCAAGACUUCCACGGACCGGACCUGGGAAUGCGCUACGGUUCCCUUGACAUAGCUGAUGACUGGAAGGUACCCUCCUUACGGCAAGUGCCGAAGAAGUGGCAGAGUGUUCACAAACAUCUGGAAUUGGCCCCAGUGGGAAACAUGGCCCAGAUGUUUCUCACCUACACUAGUGGGACUGGGGUCUUCGCCUACCCAAGUGCCGUGGCCAAGCGCAUCAAUGCCCAAAUGUGCAACUACUUGACUGGCAAAACGGGGAAGGACCACCGCUUUGGAGUCAUCAUCAUGGACUACCCAGCAGCCCCCAUUAUUCAAAUGAUUAUUGACUUCAACUGAAGCAUGAUAACAUGGCCUCCAACACAUCCAAGAUUUGAAUGCAACUUUGAGAUGGCCUAUGAAAUAUAUCAGGAAAUUCUGAUUCAGCUGUAUAUUUGUAUGAGUCCAUGUUAUCUAUCAUUUAAGACUCUGAAUAUAACAACUGAAUAAAAGAAAAUCAACACUAUA